GUUAAAAGAAGGAUAAAGAGGGAUUAUAAACCUGGGGGUACCCAAUCCACUUAUUUCAAUGAUCCCAAGUGGCCAAGCAUGUGGUAUAUGGACAUCCCACCAUUAACACCAGAUGUCACCAGGCUGUUGCCUCAUGGAUCAGAGGGACCUGACCACAACAUAAAAUAGAGAAAAAAGGACUGCAGUAGUGCAACAGUCCUUAAAAUUUGGGCACAAGCAUUCAUCAUCUCUUCAUCUGUUUCCUCACAAGUCCUCUCAUUCGUACAAGUUCAUAACAUUCUUAGAAAAACAAGUUUCCCAGUCUAUUCUGUAUCGGCUCCCUUCUCACCCCCCAACAUUCCUAUAACAGCAUUUCCUUCUUAAACAACAGUUUUCUCUUUCCCUGCAAAAUGAAAACAGAGGGAAAGGCAAUGGAAGUGGGUUUGUAUAAGCCCCGGUUUUCUCCCACUCACAUCAGCCUCUGGGAAGGUUAAUGAUUAAUUGAAACCAUCUGCUCAGGGCCUUCUCUCCAUGUGGUUAGUCCUAUUAUGUCACAUAUGUUCACACAAAUUCUAAAUAAAACCACCUUCCCCUCCCAUGCUUCUUAACAACUUCAGACAGAAGUAAUCAUCUUUGACUUGAGAACAGCUUAAAAAGCAAAUUGUGAAGAUCCUGUCUUUAGUAGUGUAGAAAGAAUGUGUAGGAACUUAUGAAAACCAUUGUAAAGCAAGUCUCAUAAUCUCUCUGUUUAACUGUUAUCUUAGAAAUAAUGAAAACAUCAAGUCUAGCUUGAGAGAGCAGGGGAGAAACUUGGUCUUACUAGAGAACUGCAAUUCUAUGAACUGGUGCAUUAAAAAAAAAGCAUCUUGGGACUUUCUGUAAAACUGCCCUAUUUUUCUGCCUUUUUUGGGGACUUAGAGAAGGUCAAAUAAAAAUAUGAGGCAAAGGCCACAAAAAUGGUAGAAUGCAAAGAAUUGUCUCUCUGAGGAACUAUUCAUCCUUCAUGAAUACUGGAUCCCCAGGGUUGAUGGUGCACAGCUGAGGCCAGGGAGUAGCUGUUCUUUUCACAUAUUCUCUCUAAGUAAUAAAAGAGUUGUCAUACUUUUUUUUCCUAUACAGGACUUCAGGCAGGUAAAAAUGGAUUAACACUUGAACCAGUUUUUGGCCUUUUCUUUCUAAGUAGGCUAUUUAUAUGUAGUACUAUCAGCAGCAGUAGUAGCGGUCAUCACACUUGAGAGAAUACUGCACACACAGAGAUAGAUUUCCAUGCAUGCUUCUUUCCUUCCUGCAUUUCUUAGCAGUAGUCACAGCCAGUGGAAAUUCUUUUCUCCCCUCAAUGUCCUUUACUGUCUCCCCAAGAUGUUCUGCAUCAGAUUCUUAUAUUUCUCCCAACACUUCCCAGGGAGAAAUCUGUCCAUACAUUGACACAUACGUCUGAACAUGUGAGCACUGAUUUAAGGGUAUAAGAUGCACCAGGUUUGUAAUAAGCCAUUCAUAUGGAUGAUUUUUGCCCCCAAGGUAAAAUGAACGCAUUCUGGAUGCCUUCUUCUUCCUCCUCUUCUUCCUCCUCUUCUUCUUCUUCCUUCCUCCUCCUCUUCCUCUUCCUCCUUUUCUUCCUCUCCUUCCUCUUCCUCCUCUUCUUCCUUCAUUUCUUUCUGUCUACAUUUGUAUUUCUGCUCUUUGGAAUGGCGUGGUGGACCUUUUGCGGUUUUUGUGAACGCCAUUUUUCAUAUUUACCUCUUAGUGGAGGUGGCAGAACAUGCACAAUGUCCAUGAGGCUCUUCUAGCUACAUUUCUCUCUGAGCCUUGAAGGAGUUUCUUGUGUUGCUGCCCGGUGGGAAAGAAACAGGGCUAGGGGCAAACAUCCUAAUGGAGCCACAGGUCAUGCCCCAUGUAGAAAGAAGAGGUGAUAUUAGGAGGCAGAUUAUUUCUGUGCCUCUGGAUGUUCCAGAACUUGCAGCUGGGAGAAGAACUUCGCUGUGUGCAGGCCUAGAAAGGGGGGAGUUUCCCACUCCUAAAAAGGGUCUGCUGCUGUCAGCCUGUGUAAUGUGGACAUACAGGGCUUCCCUGAAUUAACUCAUGUUUAAGCCAGCACACAGGUUACAGAAAAACAACCAGUGUUGACUUUUUAAAAGUGCCAGUGAUGGAAAAGUGAUGGAAUUGUCUUGAAUAGAAAUUUAACACAUUAUGAAUUAUUCUAUUUUUGGAAAGAAUAGCAAGGUACUCUCAGCCAAAGAAUAAGAUUUAUGAGCUCCUUAUUUUUCACUGCAAAACCCCAUAUAUAUAGUCUUGUAAAAUAUUCUUGUCUCACUAUAGCCAUCAGAUACUCCUGUGAAUACAAGAAGCCCUUUUAAAUUGAUUUCCUGUUCUCCUUCAUUGCUUAAACAGGCAUAAAAUAAUGUAUGUCUGUGGUUGUUCUUAUUGGCCUCUAAGUAUAUUUUUGUUUGUUAACUUAAAGAAUCAAUAAAGUUUAAGAAUCAAAUUAAUCUCAAAUUAACUAAACCCUCUGAAGUUGCACAAGCAAUAAAUUGGUGUUAGAUAUUUAGUGUGUUACACUCUUGAAAUAUUUCUCCUGAUACACACACAGAUUUAAAAAAAAGUUAGCAAUUCAAUAAAGCAUGACUCCAGAAGUCAGAUAGUAUUUAAUUAAAAGAAAUCUUGUAUUUGAGAUGAAUCAGAUUUUAUAUUACCUGCCUGCUCCUGCUGGAGCUUAAAAAUAUUGUGUGCAGCAAUAAUCAGAAAAUAUUUAAAUAUGAAACACGAAAGAAAAUAAGUUCCAAUACAGUUAGCAAUUGCUGUGUAUCAUGCACUAAAUAUCAGGUUAUGUUUGAGAAAAAAAAAUCUGCAAGUACACCUUCAUCUCCUUCUAAAAAUCCUUCCUUCACCUUCUGUUUAUUGUGAUGAAAGAAUAAAAAAAAGUAAGAAAUACUUUUAAAAAGAAACAUUUUAAUAGUGUUAGAAAAUGUAGCUUUCAAGUGCUUAGAGAAGCCAAAAGUAGUUUCAGUAGAUCACAUUAGCUUUACAGGUUAUGAUGCUUUUCAAAGCAUGUUGUCAUGAUUUCUAUUACAUUACACAAGCCACUUUAAUAAAAAGCCUACCAUUCCAGCUCUCCUGAUUACCUACCUGCUUACUUCUGUCAUUCCACUUUAAAACUGGAUCACACCAAGAGCAUUAAAAAAAAGAGAUUAUUUCCCUUUUUUUUCAGGAAAACAAUUGGCAAGUUUUGACUUAGAAUACUGCAUGAAACUGUACCUCAGAAAGCUGAACAUAGCAUCAGGAUGUCUCCUCUCCUAAAGUUAAAAGCUGAUAAACUUUGCUGCCUAUGCAUUUGCGUGGACCAGCUAAGAGUGCCAAAUGCCCCACUUUACAUUCCCUUCACAGAACAGCACUGCAGUGACAACACCCACCAUUGCCAAUCAGAUAUGAAUAUAGUAGGUGCUUGGAAGAGAGGUUACACUGGAAAGAACGUUGUGGUCACCAUCCUGGAUGAUGGCAUCGAAAGAAACCAUCCAGACUUGAUGCAAAAUUAUGAUUCACAGGCCAGUUUUGAUGUCAAUGGAAAUGAUUUUGACCCUAUGCCUCGAUAUGAUGCCAGCAACGAGAACAAGCAUGGAACCCGUUGUGCUGGAGAAGUGGCAGCCACGGCAAACAACUCACACUGCACAGUAGGAAUCGCCUUUAAUGCCAAGAUUGGAGGUGUACGGAUGCUGGAUGGAGAUGUGACAGACAUGGUAGAAGCAAAGUCUCUAAGCCUUAAUCCCCAGCACAUCCACAUCUACAGUGCCAGCUGGGGGCCUGAUGACGAUGGUAAGACUGUGGAUGGACCUGCUUCUCUAGCACGUCAGGCCUUUGAGAACGGCAUCAGAAUGGGACGAAGAGGCUUAGGUUCAGUCUUUGUUUGGGCAUCUGGAAAUGGUGGAAGAAGUCGAGACCACUGUUCCUGUGAUGGCUACACCAAUAGCAUCUACACUAUCUCCAUAAGCAGCACAGCUGAAAGUGGGAAGAAGCCGUGGUAUCUGGAAGAAUGUGCAUCCACACUAGCUACAACAUACAGCAGCGGGGAAUCCUACGACAGAAAAAUAAUCACCACAGACCUGAGGCAGCGUUGCACAGACAGCCAUACUGGAACCUCAGCCUCUGCACCUAUGGCUGCAGGCAUCAUUGCACUGGCACUGGAAGCAAACCCUUUUCUGACCUGGAGAGACAUACAGCAUAUUAUUGUCAGGACUUCACGUGCAGGACACCUGAAUGCUAACGACUGGAAAACCAAUGCAGCUGGUUAUAAGGUUAGCCACCUCUAUGGAUUUGGACUGAUGGACGCUGAAGCAAUGGUGAUAGAAGCAGAAAAGUGGACAACAGUACCUCCACAGCACAUGUGUGUGGAGAACACGGAUCGGCAAAUCAAAACAAUACGACCUGACAGCGUUGUCCGUUCAAUUUACAAAGCCACUGGCUGUUCAGAUAAUCCUAACCACCAUGUGAUCUACUUGGAGCAUGUCGUUGUGCGCAUCACUAUUACUCACCCUCGACGUGGAGACUUGGCAAUUUACCUAACCUCUCCUUCUGGAACUAGGUCACAGCUCUUGGCCAACAGGCUAUUUGAUCAUUCCAUGGAAGGAUUCAAAAACUGGGAGUUUAUGACUACUCACUGCUGGAGUGAAAAAGCAGCAGGUGACUGGAUCUUGGAAAUCUGUGACACUCCAUCUCAGCUGAGAAAUUUCAAGACUCCAGGCAAAUUGAAAGAAUGGUCCUUAGUACUGUAUGGAACAUCCAUCCAGCCUUACUCACCCAGAAAUGAUUUUCCAAAAGUGGAAAGAGUGCGCUCUAGUCCAGUUGAAGACCCUACAGAAGAUUAUGGAACAGAUGACUAUUCAGGUCCCUGCAAUGCAGAAUGCAGUAAAGUAGGGUGUGAUGGGCCAGGACCAGAUCAUUGUACUGACUGUCUGCACUACUACUACAAAUCUAAGAACAACACACGGAUCUGUGUUUCAACCUGCCCACCUGGUCACUACAAUGCAGACAAGAAACGCUGUAAAAAAUGCUCACCCAAUUGUGAAACCUGUGUUGGAGGCCAUACUGACCAGUGCAUGACCUGUAAAUUUGGCUACUACCUGAAUGAAGUAACCAAUAGCUGUAUUACCAACUGCCCUGAUGGAUUUUACCUGGAUAAGAAUAAGAUUGUUUGCCGAAAAUGUAGUGAAAACUGUAAGACAUGUGUUGAUUUCCAAAUCUGCACAGAAUGCAAACACGGCCUAAGUUUGCAUGGCACUAAAUGUGCUAUUCGCUGUGAAGAAGGAAAAUACCAUAAUGGCAGAGAAUGUGAACCAUGUCACCGUUCUUGUGCAACAUGUGCAGGUGCUGGAGUAGAUGCCUGUAUAAACUGCACACAGGGUUAUUUCAUAGAAGAUGGAAGAUGUGUACAGUCCUGUACUAGUGGUUAUUACCUUGAUCACUCUACUGAAAGUGGAUACAAAAGCUGCAAAAGAUGUGAUGCCAGCUGUUUGGAUUGCAGUGGUCAAGGAGACAGAAACUGUACAAGCUGUCCAAGCGGCUAUAACCUAGACACUGGUGUCUGUGUGGUGGGAACAGUUUGCAAGGAUGCCACGGAAGAGUCCUGGGCCGAAGGAGGAUUCUGUAUGCUGGUGAAAAAGAACAAUCUCUGCCAGCGGAAAGUGCUUCAGCAAUUGUGUUGCAGAACAUGUACGUACAAGGGAUGAACUGACACCUCCCAGCGUCCUCCUGCUCCUGUAGACUUAUAGAUUAAUCCGUAUUAUUGAAAAAGGAAAAAAAGAAAAAAAAAGAAAAAAGAAAGCCACCCAUCUCUCUCCCCCCCUCUUUGUCUGGGGAGAUGGUGAACUAUUUGUUGGAACUUAAAUGGAAAAACUACAACACGCCUACCUUUCAUAACUGGGUGUCUAGAGCUGAGCAUCCAGGAUCACAGCGUCAGUAUUGUGUGACCAAAGCAUUUGAUGCCAAAAUUAAUGUUUAACUCAUUAUUUGAUUUCCUGUCAACCUUAGGAUUAUUCCUGGUUUUUAAAGGUCCUUUUUCUUCCCUUUUUUCCUGCUUUUUUCCCCUUCAAGAUGUUUAAAGAAUAAAACACAAGUUUACAUGGAUUAAAACUAAACAAUACAAAAAUGUUUGCAUUAGUCUUUUUUUGUGCUAUGUAUAUCAACAGGGAGAACUUGAGUUCCUGAGGGGAUCAGAAACAUCAUUAGCUGCAGGACUAAGUUCUGCCCCUUUUGUAACAGUAUUUAAAAAAGAAGAGUUAACAUUUCUGCACACAUUUCUUUCUUACUUCCUCUACAAUGUGCUGGUUUUUUGUAUCACACGCAGUAUGUAUAUAUGUUUGUCCAAAAUGUGGUUUGGUCAUAUAGAUUUCAUUUUUAGACAGCUAGCUUAUUAACAGAUAUGCUAGGAUUUUUAUUUUAUUUUUUUAAAUUGUCAAAGCUAUUUCAAAUAAACUUUAAAAAACAUUGUUCCUGUAGUGAACAAGUUCAAAAGAUACUACUUCUCUUUGUUUGUGUAAGCGAGAAUAAUGUAUACGCUUGGAAGUCAGAAAACAUUGCUAACGUGUAAGAAGUAUUCAUAAAUUAUUGUUGUAUUGUAAUGUUCACAAAAAAAAGGGGAUAUUAUCAUACAGAUAUGUGGAACUAUUUCAUAGUACCCAUAUAUAAAUGUCAGUGUGUCUAUAUGCAACAGGAUGUGUUUACAGGACUGGAUUUAUAAUUAUGCCAAAUACAACUCCAGAAUAAUUACAUAUAGGGCAAUAAAUCAAUGGUUCUCUUUGUGUAACAAUUGUGUCAUGGUGGGCCUGAAUCUUCUUUUAACUGCUCACAAUAGAAAUUUCAGCAGGAAUUGUCCUGCUGAGGCCAAUGGAGUUACCUCACUGUAAAACCAUCCUGGGUGGUGAGAGAAGCAGUCCCUGCCUUUCUCUCUUUACCCAGGCACACAGCUGCCAGUACAAAUUUCCAUUUAAUAUAUCUUCAUCAGUUUCACUUAUCAUACUGUUCAAAAGAUGGUCUUUUAGCAGAAAACAGAAAAUAGAACUUUGAAGAUACUGUUUUCAGGGGAUAAUACUUAAAUUGUACAAAGUGUCUUUCUUAGUUAUCUUUCCAGGAAACACAAAUAGAAAAUGGAUUGCAGGUGUUUAAAUGUGUAAAUGUUAGAAAAUAAAGAGGAUCAAAAAUUGUUGUGGAAGGCUACAGAUGAAUGGAUACAAACCUGUAGAGGUAAUGUGCCACAUUUAGCAGGGACCAGAUAAAAUAUUACAACAUGAUUCGCUAUGGCAGGGGGCCGGUCAAGCUCCUUUGGUGCCAAUUAUAAACAUUCAAUUUUAACAGAAUUCCAUUUGUGCUAGUUUAACUAGUAGUCUGUUACUGCCUCAUUUCUCAGUAUAACAUGUUUAAUUAGAACAUAAUGCUUUCAAAGUUUAAGUUAAUAUUAUAUAUUAUAUAUAAAUAUAUAUUCAUAAUUGAGAUUUAAUUAUGUAAUGGAUUGUAAAGAAUUUGUUUGGGUACUUACAAAUGUCUCUAACAUUAUUAUAGAGAAGAAAUUAAUAUCUUUGUUUUCUUUAAAAAAACUGACACAUUGUUAUAUCCAAAUUCAUUUUUACUGAAAAAAUACUGUACAUGUGUAAAAUGUUCAGUUGUUAUUUGUAAAAUGGGGUAGUUCUGUUGUAAUUGAUAUUGGCCAAAAUCAAUGUUAUUCCAUACUUUAUUUUUUCUAUUAAAUUAACCUAAAUUCCUGUU